CGCCCGAACGCUUGGCGGGAGGCGAUGGCGGUGCGGCAGCGGCUGCAGAAGCUGUUCCAGGAGCCGCAGCCCGUCGGGGCCAUUGUGCUGGAGCGGGCGCCUGCCCCCGCCGCUGCCGCCUGGGCCUCGCUGUCCGUGCCGCUGCCGCCCCCGCUGCCGCCAUCGCCGACCCCGCUGCCGCCGCCGCCCCCGCCGUCGCCCCCGCCGUCGUCUUCCUUGCCGCCGGCCGCGGAGCCGGCAUCGCCGCCGCGGCGGCAGGGGCCGCUGCCGGAGGAGUGCGCCGUGUUCCACUGCCGGAGCUGCUGGACGGUGCUGGGAGACUCGCUGCAGCUGUGCGGGCGGGAGCCGCCGGAGCUCAGCGUCCUCGUCUGCUUCAAAGUCACCAGCGAUGUGACCUGGGAGAACUCGCUGCUGAUCGGCCUCGAGGGAGCCCUGCUGGGAUGUGCUUAUUACUUAUUAUUGUGUCGGUCCUGUGGCUUGGCCGUGGGCUUCAUUCUUUACUCUUCUGGCAGUGACCUGGCGCACCUCCGGGACUUGUUCUGUUUCUUCAAGGACAGCAUCAUGUGUUACCUCUUAAAAAAUCAAACGAUUAUAGAAGCUUCUAAGAUUAAUUUUCCAGCUGUGACCUUAAAGGAAAACAUGCAGAAAAUGAAAGAAAAGCUUGUGGAGUUAAGUGGUCGUGUCGAAUUAUUGACAAGGAAGCUGGAUAAAAUAAUUAUGUAACAAAAGAAUGGCAAAACUCUUCAACAGAUCCUUACUGAUAAUUUACUAUCAAGAUAUGCAAGAGUUAAUGCCAACUAAUACCCAUUUUCAAGAACUGCUGGAGCUGUUUCUGCAUCUCUGCUGAGUUUGGUCAUUACAAAGAAAUAAUGCACCAGACCAGGUGUGAGUAUUGAUCUGUCGCUUCAUCUGUGUGUGGAAAGAACUGAUGAUGAAGUGCCUCCCUUCAGGAGGAGAAUCUGACAUACUGAAGUUAUGCUUGGAAGACUGAAUAGCUCACCCGUGCAGCAUGUUACUCUCUGAAGCUCUGUAAAUAUAACUUUGGUUUUUCUAAUGACUUCAAGGGGAAAACCAGCCUUUGAAAUAAUAAAGUCAGGUUUCUGGAGCUAUGUAAAACAUACUUAACAAGGUGAUACUAUUCAAGAGCCACCAUUACAAACUGAACAUUCUUAAAAACCUAAAGCUCCUGUCCUACCUUUUCAUACAGACACAUUGUUAAUGGCAGCCUUGGUUUUAAUGGCAGCUACAUUUGGGUCAGCUACAUUAGCUACAUCUGAUUGAUAUGUGAGCCACUGCUAAAUGGACUCCUGAAUAGUUCUGAGAUUUGCUUGUAUGCAUUGCUUGCAAAAGCAGCAGACGACCACGUCACAGAUGCUGCAGUGUUCUUAGAGCAUGAGUCUGGAUGGCACCAUGGAGGCAGAGCACAAGGUUUUGAAUUUCAGGUAAAGGGCAACCCCCGUGCCUUCCAAGUCUGCUGAAGUGCAGCCCCACGAACAGGACUGAGUCAAAUUUUGCCAGCUAAGGCUGUGAGCAACUGAGCGUCUUUCUGGAAUGUUAACUAGGAAACCAAGGAACAGUCUUCUGCACAAUCAUGGAAGCACUGCUUUCCUGAAGUUAUGAUUGCCUGGCCAGUUAGGAUGUUUCAUAAAAAAUACCUACUCAUGGCCCAUUGGCAUCGCUCUCUACUGAAAAUUGGUUCUGCUUAUUUCCACAUAUUUAGAAAAUAAUUUUACAGAAAAGAAAGCACUACUUACCCUUUGUUACUGGGACAGAAUAUCCCUAAUUCUUGGUUUUGGAAAAUUAAGGUCCCUUUUCAUCUCCCCUAUGCUGCCUAAAGGGCUAAUGUUUGUUCUCAAAGGGAUAAUGAAUUUAUGGAAAGUUCGUAGUUUUCUGUAGUAGUCUGGAGAGGAUUCUAUUUACUUGAUCAGCUUAAUUCCAGUGAUGCAAAUUGCUUUCUCCUUCCGUGUAUAUGACCAGCAGGUUGCAGAUCUCAUUGCUGCUGCUGCCAGUUCUGUGUUUUGUCUUAUUUGUAAAAUAACUCUGCUUGGAGCACAGGGGACAAAAUUCACUGAGGUAAGGCACCUCAGAGGUUUUAGGUGGGCAACUGGUACUUAGGCUACUACUAAUGCUCACUGUGCUGCUGUCUGUUUGGCAGUUUUUAUGGUCUCAGUCAUAAGCAAAACAAUAGAGUAUCAACAGUUGUUCUGCAAGGAGAGGAGGGACUCUCACAAAUUCUAAUACUACCUUUGUAGUACUUCCUUAGUGCUUGUGUUGUUGCAUGAGUCUAAGAAAUGUGAUUGAUAAUGGGACUGUUUGCUUUUGCCCUUUCAUUCUAGUUUCUGCAUUGAGACUGUUUCUUGCUAUUUUAUGUCUGUAUUAUGAAUAAUGCUAAAUUGUUUUGCUUCCUUAGUACUGAUCCCUAAAAGAAAAAGAAAGCUGUCAGUUACAUUUUUGUAUUAUAUUUAAAGUUGUGAAGAAAGAACUUCUUAAAUAAAAGCUGAAACUCAGAAAUUCA